CGACAAGCCACAGUUGGUACUGCUAGCAAAACGACUUUUUCAGGUUCUGUGAGUCGUUGCUAUCCAGCCAGAAAACGUUCUCUUUUGAAGCGUUUCAAAGACUGCAGCUUUUCGCCUUGUUCAGAGGAAUACAAUUCCGUCCUGCAACAUUUUACAGAGACUGCUGAACAACAGGAAAAAGCUAUUGUUGCGGAGCCAAGACGGACAAGAAAUCGGAAAAUAUCAUUACAUGAACCUAGACGAGGAUCCAAAUACAAAACAUCAUCGAAUUUUGAAACUGAAUUACCUCGAUCCUUUAACACUCGGCCACGCUGCAAUACGCUUCCCUCACGGAUCAGCGUGGUUAGAACUCCUGGUUUUGGAAAUACUGAAGAAACGGGCGAAGAUAAUUUCGAUACACCUUUCCGUUCAAACGUUAAACUAGCCUGGCAGGUAGACUAUGACGAUUUUGGCAAAAAAGAAAAAGGAAUGCAUAAGUCAGAAACACCGCCAAGAUUAUAUUUCAGUAAUACACACAAAGAGACGGGAAAAAAAGUAUCCGAGACUUCCCCUCCUUGUGAAUUAUUGAGCCAUAACGAUAAAAGUCGAAAGAAAAGACAGAGGAAAAAAGCAGAAGUGAAUUUACCCAAAAUAGAACAAAAACUCUUUAUUCACGACUCACAGCUAAAAGCUGGCGGUGCCAAGUUAUUUUCCGAUGAAGCCAGGAGAAAAAUUUAUACAGCUGACCAAACGAAUGUCGGACAUGACUUAAGAGAUUUUUCAAAGAAAGAUUUGUCGCAAGAUGGGAAUUGGUUAAAGAGAGAGCGAAGUUGUUCCACUGGACCACAUUCAACGGACAAGAAAGAUACCACCCAUUUGAAACAAAAAAGUUUUCAUUCGAUAUCAUCGCCGGCGGGAACUAAUCACCCUAAAGCCUCCGAAUUAACUUCGGCUCCUCUUUUCGAUCUUCGGAAUGAUAAUUUUCAACUCGCAACAUUCAAUGAAAAAUCGCCAAUGAUUCGGCGAACGGAUCAGUUUUCCAUAACCCGCGCAAAUAUACGCCGUGUUGGCAAAGCGACUCUUGCCGCUACGAGACUUCUAAAAAUACAUUAUAGGGAAAAUGGAGGGUCGAAAAAAGAUGUCACAAUUACAGAAGACCACAAAAAACUGGAUAAAUUGUUUGAGGAGAUGAAAGACUGCCGAUAUUUAAGACAGAAUAGUUCCGAGAUGCGCACUUAA